GUGUGGGAGCCUUUUCGUGCCCGACGGGAUGGAUGUUCUACCAAGGCAGCUGCUACGGAUUCUUCCAAGACAAAAUGACCUGGGCGGAGGCAGAGAUUGACUGCCAGAGCCAUGACCGCAAUGGCCACCUCGCUUCCAUUGGGAGCCGAGCGGAGGGAGUCGUGUUGGCCAAACACAUCCAGGCCUAUCAACAAGAGCUCUUCACCAUCUGGAUUGGACUGCAUGACCCCCAGAGGAAGAGACGCUGGAGAUGGUCUGAUAGAUCUCUGGUAAACUUCAAGGCUUGGGGGCCUGGUUCGCCUGACAACUAUUUAAAUAAUGAAUACUGCGUAGAGCUCCGGACUCAGGAAG